UCAGCCACCAGUACCACCUAACUCCAGUGCAUCUUUGUCUCAGCAUGACACUACCUUGGGUCCUCGCAGUCUUGAGCCUUCUUCCUCUGCUGGACGCCCAGAGUCCAACGUGUACCAAUUACACGGUGCCUAUCACCAAUGCCUCCCUGGACCAGAUCUCUGGCAAGUGGUUUUACAUUGCUUCGGCUUACCAUUACCCGGAAUAUAAGGAGUUGGCUAGCAAGUUCAAGGCAUCCUUCUUUUACAUGACACCUAACCAUUCGGAGGACACAAUAUGGUUCAGAGAAUAUUCAACCAUUGGGGACAGUUGCAUCUAUGAGACCGGCCACUUGACGAUCUUUCGGAAAAAUGGGACCCUGCUUAAAUACGAGAAUGGCACAAGACACUUUGGCCAUCUGAUGCUCCCCAAGGACCGCAGGACCUUCAUGCUUGCUGCUUUCCCAGAAGAUCCGCUGAAAAUGGGGCUGUCCUUCUAUGCUGACAAGCCAGAGGUGACCCCGGAGCAAAUGGAACAGUUCUAUGAGGACCUCAAGUGCAGAGGCAUAAAGAAGUCAGAAGUUCUGUACACUGAUGAAAAAAAGGAUCUGUGUAAGCCUCUGGAGAGACAGCAUGAGGAGGAAAGGAAGAAGGAAGACAAGAGGGCCAAGACAGACACAGCUUUGGAUUAGGACCUCGGGAACUUUGGGGGUCCGUCCCGAGUCCCCCACCCACCCUUUGUACCUCAGUUCUUCCCCUUCGUGGCAUCAGUAAAGCUUCUGCAUUUGGAAUAA